UCGAACAUCCACCCAUCUGCCCAUCACCACACCGGCCGUACAAUAUCAGUUGAAUUCCGACAGCGAAACGUGCAGCACGCGUCGCAAGAUAUACCCGAAAAUUUAUCGAAAUCGAAAUGACAUUUUAAAUUCGAAAAGUUGACAUUGACAACUGUCUGAACUGUCAAUCCUAGAUCUGUAAAGCAUAUCCAACAGGAGCGUAUUUGUGUGUGUGUUAGUGCGAAACAGAACAGACAUGGCAUGUGAACGUUUGUGUGUUUGUUUGAUUUUGUUAUGUCUCUAUUGCAUCGCUGGGUAUGCGCAGAGUGACACUCCUCAGGUGAAGAUACCACCCACCAGCUUCACGUGUCGAGGACGAGCAGCGGGAUACUACGCUGACAUGGAGACGGGAUGCCAGGUUUACCACAUGUGUGACGGUCUGGGUCGGCGCUUCAGCUACUCCUGUCCAAAGACCACCCUAUUUCAGCAGAGAAUGCUGGUUUGCGACCACUGGUACAUGGUCAACUGCUCCAUGGCUGAAAGGGACUAUGACGCUAAUCUGUUGAUUGGCCAACGCGACAAACCAUUUGUCUCAGACGAGGAGAUGAGCCAACGUACUCCCAGACCCGACAUACUCUCCGUACCACUCACCAGUAAAUAUUACGAUGGAUUAAAAGAAGCAGAAUCAAAGUUCCUAUUGCACCCUGACAACGACAUUGUUGGCGUUGCGGACACCAUAUCGGGCGACGAAGACAACAUCCUCGACAGCGCGAAGCAGAACUACAGACCACCUACGUCCUGGUCGACCCGAAAACGAAGACCCAAUGUCCAGAUCAACAACAUUGACAGUCUCGCUGGUGCCGCUUCGCAAGAACCGGGUCCAACUAUUCGACCACAACCAGAAAGUAGAGACACUUCGCUAAAAAAUAAAGGAAAUCAACCAGAACGCGAAUUAAUGCCUCCACUGCUGCCUUCUACUACUGAAGCCGAAGACGAUGCGACUACAACUCAGAGCUCCGUUUACCAAUUCAUAAAGCGCUUCGAUCCUAAUUCGCCUGAUUCUAUCAAAACAGCAAUCACACAGUCUGAGAUCAUUGAUCUGAACAAACACUUACCCGAAGGCCAAGUGAGUUCGGAAGGCCAGGUCAGUUCCGAAGACGAACGUACGCCAAAAAAGAACAAAAGCUUCGGUAACAAGCUGAACGAUUUCAAAACAGAUAAUGACAAAAAGUUUAGGGAAGGAACUAGGUUUGACAGUGUUAAUACGAAACCUAAUCCAACAGAGAAUAACACCGAAGGAGAUUCUGGAGUCAAGAGCAAGGUUCCUAAGCCGGAACAGGUGUUGCUUCCACCGAAAAAGGAUUACUCUCAAUCUCCACUGGACUCGACUACAAUGGGACCGCCGAUUUACUAUGAAUGGAAAUGGGCAGUUCCCGCAUUCGGUUUACUCCCUCCAAAGGAAGGUAAUAUCACGAAUUCGACAGCGCUACCUACUAAAUCUCCCAAAACCGGUAAAAGUCCUUUCAGUACUGCAAGGAGGACUACCAUCAAAGCUGAGGAUGCCACCCCUAAGCCUAGAAAUGUGGAGUACAACAUCAGUUCGUAUUAUGUUCCUGAUUAUGUAUUCCCGUUGGAUGGUCCUCACCCAGGGUAUGAGUCUGAUGAUGCGCAGACCUCGUUCCAGGUGCAGGUGUCCAGACCAGGAAGGUCAAGCUACGGUGAGAACCCAAAAUGUCCACAAUGCCAUCCUGCCUAUCUUAAGCCAGGGUCGUGUGAGCCAUGUAUUGUCAAGCGGUAACCAUAACAAUAUUUUAUUAGUCUAAAAUAAAUUUAAGUAUGUUUUAAGGAAUUUUAUAUAAUGAAUAUAAUAACAAAAUUAAAUAUGUAUUCAACAUUUCUGUCAUCAAUGGAUUUUUUUGUUACAAAUUUAAAAAUAAUGGAAUGACAUAAAUUAUAAAGCCUUGUUCGGACUAGGUGAGUAUUAUAAUCGAGUACCGAGUAAUUUCGAGGCUAAACUACUCGCUACUGCACAGAAAUCGUUCGCAUUACGGUCCAGUAGAGUACACAAGUGAGUGGUGUUUUGCAAGAUGAACAGGCCGCAACGCAAUAGAGUGGAUAAACUGAUUAAGCUAAUAGGAAUGGCUAUUUUAGAAGAGGUGGAUGAGGAAAUUUCUGUGAUUAAGAAAAAUAAGUUAUGGGUACGAAAAUGGAUCGAUAGAAGAGAUAAACUAGGAGCUACUAAAUGUCUUCUGAAGGAAUUAGCAUUGGAAGAGAUCCUAAAGAAUACUUCGAUAGUUUGAGAAUGUCCGAAAGUUGUGUGAAUUUUCUGUUAACGAAAAAAUACACACUCAAAUUCAGCGCAAAUAUACCCAUUUGAGAAGUGCCAUUAAUGAACUCGACUAAUCAACAGGUUCGGACUUGUUUAGUCAGUGAGCCAGUGAGCAAGGACGCGUGGUGGGAGGCGCUACUCGCCCGAAAAAAUAGAACAAAAUGGAUUGACUUGACUAAAUUAUUUACUAGUCCACUCGACUAAAUUUUUGGUGUUCAGACACAUUUAUCUACUAAAUUACUCGGUACUCGACUAAAAUACUCGCCUAGUCCGAACAAGGCAUUUUUUGUUUAAUUUGUCGUUUUGGACAAACCUAAAGCCAGAUCUUGUUUGUUAUACAAUCUUCUCUUCGUUGUUCAAAUCUACAUACAUUGCUUGCAAUGUUUUAAAACUGAGACCUUAAACAACAGCGAAAUAAAACUGUUCAUAAAAUGAUAUAAUUUUAUAAAACUGAAAAAAAAAACUCUAAAAGGCAUUUCCAGGUUUUUUUUUCGCUUUUCCACUUUUGAAUUUUCCACACUUAUAAACUUUUCUAAAACAUCUUAAAAACAAUCACUGUAAGAAUUAAAUAAAAAUGCGAAUUGCAAAGAGCGAGUUAAUUUUUUUUUUUAAAUAAUUUUCAGAGCAAAAGAUUUGCAGACAUACAGUUAUUAUUAUAAAAUGUAAUGCUUAGGCACUAUAAAAACCAAUACCUUUAAUAAUUUUAUAGCGUUGCCAUCGUGAUACGGAACACCGCCGUUUUUUAUAGUAAACGAAUAAUAUAGCCAUAGAUAUUUCAUUUAAUAUAAAAUAUGAAGUACUUAGAGUAUUAACAGGCGAUUGUAACUAGGGUUAAUGUCAUAGUUUGUGCAUUAGUAAGUAAUUAUUUCUAAAGCAUUAUAAUAGCAGAUAUAAUAAAUAUAAAAAAAAACUUAGUCACAACAGUCGACUUUGGGUAUUUUAGAACCCAUACAUUGAAAUUGAUACAAUAUGAUUCUAUAAAAGUUAAAUGUAAUUAAUAUAUUCCCCAAAAUUGACCCAAAAUAUCAGACACGUUACGAUGCAGAGUGAAUAAUACGAAUACCGGACAAAUAUCACAUAUAUCUCUCUAGCUUUCAUUGGAAGUAAAAGAAAAUUCUACACGUGGAUACAUGUUAAGCAAACAUUGGGUUUCAUGUCUCAAAAAUCAAUGUAUCAGAUAUUCUGAGGUGUUCCUUUGUUCAAUGCAGUCUAACUUUUAAUUUUGCGUGAUAAUUUACUAAAUAGAUUUAUUUAGAAGCUAAUUUGUCGAUAAUAAUAAUUUAAUAUUUUAUAUGUUAUUACUAUAAUUAUAUUUUUAUACGAAUAAAAUGUUAACUUUA